UUUAAUUAAAUAAAGUGCAAUUGCUAGAGAUAGGUACAUUUCUAUUAAAAUUAAUAUAAAGCCACAUGCAUACAAAACCGUUGCUAAUAUUUUACCAAACUGGUAGAUGUUCUGUUACGUUCUCUAGUUCGCAGUUUAGUGCGCGGAUGAUUUUUGGACAAACAUGUCUCAACAACAAACGGUUCAAACAAUCCUCUUACAUUUCUCGGAGUUGUUUCUACUCUGUAAAGUAAUGGGAAUUUAUCCACAAAAUUGGAAAGUAUUUCAAAGAUAUCAUGAUUUGAAAAAAUCCAAUGUUGGUGUUCUAUUUGUUAUUUUCGUAAUGCUCGCGAUUGUUGUGUUAUAUAACUUGUUGAUAUUCUCGUUUUCUGAAGAGGAUAGCACGCUGAAGGCAUCGCAAAGUACUCUGACAUUUGUCAUUGGAAUCUUUUUAACCUACAUUGGCUUGAUUAUGAUGAUAACUGACCAACUAAGUGCAAUACGGAACCAAAAACACUUGGGUGAGAUCUACGACCGCAUACGCAAAGUGGACGAACGUCUCUAUAGAAUUGGCUGUGUGGUCAAUAAUUCUGUUCUGGAACUACGCAUACGCAUCAUGAUCGCAUUGACGUUUGUGUGCGAAAUAACAAUCAUGAUUGCGGCCUACAUUGUUCUGCUGGAUCACACCAAAUGGAAUUCUCUGUUGUGGAUAUUUUCCUGUUUGCCAACCCUUUACAAUUCGUUGGAUAAAAUAUGGUUCUCCACCACACUGUAUGCGCUGCAACAGCGCUUCGCCGUUAUAAAUCGAGCUUUGGAGGAUAUGGUGCAAGUCCAUGAGAGAUAUAAGGCAAUGAUGGCACACCGAAAAAGAAGCGGCAGCAACAAUAUGGUUAAGAACAAAAACGUAAUUAAUGACAUAUUGUUCGACCUUGGCCAUGAGGAAAGUUUGAAACUGAACUAUUUACAAAACGAAUUGAGGGGUAGUGGUCUUGCGGGAAAACUUGGCAAGAAUCGUGUAAAACCGGUAAUUACGGUGGCCAAUUCGAUGAAUAACUUUAAUCAAUUUCAAUCGAUUAAGAAACAACCCACCAAAUCGGCCAUAAACAUUCACUACGAGAGUGAACUGUCUAAUGUGAGCCGAGUUGAGGACAAGCUAAACGAUUUCUGUCAGCUGCACGAUGAGAUCUGCGAAAUUGGUAAAAAAUUAAAUGAACUGUGGAGUUAUUCCAUUUUGGUGUUGAUGGCUUAUGGAUUUUUAAUUUUCACCGCUCAACUUUAUUUCCUCUACUGUGCUACUCAGGAUCAGCCCAUUCCGUCUUUGUUCCUUUCGGCUAAAAAUGCUUUGAUUACCGCAACAUUUCUACUUUACACCGCUGGCAAAUGUGUCUACAUAAUCUACUUGAGUUGGAGAACCUCAUUGGAAUCGAAACACACUGGAAUAUGCUUACACAAGUGCGGAGUGGUUGCCGAUGACAACAAUCUUUAUGAAAUUAUCAAUCAUUUGUCGUUAAAGCUUCUCAAUCAUUCGGUAGACUUUACAGCCUGUGGAUUCUUCUCAUUGGAUAUGGAGACUUUAUAUGGGGUUGCCGGCGGUAUUACCAGCUAUUUGAUAAUAUUAAUACAAUUCAAUUUGGCUGCUCAGCAGGCAAAGGAUGCUGCUAGCAGUCACGGUACCAACGAUCCAUCUCAAAUAUCAAAUGGAGCCGAUAAUUCAUCAGAAGACGUUAAUGACUACUCCACAGCAUUGACAACCUUAAUGACAUCGACGGCAAGUACAAUAAUAACGGCUAGCAGUUCAGCUCUCAAUUAAGAAGUGUUACAAAGCAUUAACUUUCAAAUUAACUUUAAUAUUUUAAAUAAGCAAUCUCUGAUAAUGUUUGGACUAU